GGGAAAGUGUGCAUACCGUGAGAAGAAAGGUAACAAAGUCCAACACUACUUUCUCUAUAUAUCGUGGAGUGGAGGGACCAAAUAUGGGACAUGUACAAAAGAUGAAAGAAAAAAGAAUAAAAAAACAAAAAACUCAAAAAGAUAAACACGAUGGGAAAAGGUGAAGGGCUGUUUGGUAGAUAGGAUAAAAAGGGUCCUUAUAUCUUCUUCACUCUUCAGUCUUCACCAUUAUUCAAAACCCUUGAAGGCUUUGCCAAGAACAAGAAAAAAGAAGAAGAACUUGGAAAGAAUAAGAAGGGGAUUUUAGAGAGGGAAAAUUAAUCUCAGCUCAAUUGUGUAUCAAAAGCAAAGAUGCAGCACCCGAACAUGGCCGCAGAUUCGUAUUUCGGAUACUACGACUUUGGAGGGUCCACCCUAACCCUGCCGGAGCCAUGGGCCCUACCAUAUCAAGCCCACAGCUUCAGCCCGGCCCAUUUACCAACCCACGAGCCCGGCCCGUUUUCCAUGCCCUACGGAGGCCUACUCGGGCCAGCAGCGCCGGACAAUCAGCUGAGCCAGCUGAUUUCCGAGUCUCUGGGCCAGGUGGUGCAACCAAGCGGGUCGGGCCCAUUUGGGCUUCAGACGGCCCAAGAGAUUAUGGAUGCAAAGGCCCUGGCAGCUUCUAGAAGCCACAGUGAAGCCGAGAGGAGGCGAAGAGAGAGGAUAAAUAACCAUUUGGCCAGGCUUAGAAGCUUGCUUCCUAGCACAACUAAAACAGACAAGGCUUCGUUGCUAGCCGAGGUGAUCGAGCACGUGAAGGAGCUCAAACGGCAAACGUCCCUCAUAGCCGAGUCGAGCCCUGUCCCCACCGAGGUUGACGAGCUGACUGUGGACGAUGCCUCGGGUAGUGAUGGGCAGUGGCUCGUUCGAGCCUCCAUAUGUUGCGAGGAUCGACCAGACCUUCUGCCUGGCCUUAUCAAUGCCCUCAAAGCCCUCAACCUCAAAACCCUAAGAGCCGAAAUCACGACACUCGGAGGACGAGUGAAGAACGUAUUGUUGAUUACUGGCGAGGAAGAGGAGGAAGAGGAUGAGGAUCGGGAGCGGGUGAACCGGCCGCGCUGUAUGAAGUCCAUACAAGAAGCGCUUAGGUCGGUUAUGGAGAGGUCAGGUGGGGAUUAUGAAAACGGGUCAUCGGCCGGUGGGGCGAAGAGGCAGAGGAUGAAUGCUGGUGGUGUGUUCGAGUAUAGGUCCUUUUGAGUAUUAUUGAUGAUUUCUAGUAGAGAAAGAUAAUGAUUUAAUGGUAUGUGUGGUUUUUCUUUUUUUUGUUUUUUUUUUUGUGUUGUG